AUGAAUGAAGAUGACGUGCCCCUCGGCUCUCGUGCAUCGCUGGAUAUUUGCGCUGCACAUGAACGUAUCAUUCAGCAGGAGAAGCAAGCGCAAAGCGACAAAACACUGAAAAUUCUAGAGGGUAAAGCUUCACCAAAGAAAAUCAAUGUUGCACCGCAGAGAAGCCGCUCAAUACCACAUCGUCGGCGAAACAACCCGCAGAUAUAUGUACCUAAGCUAUCGUACAAUAAUGCUUCAACCCACCCUCCCUCCUCAGAUGCAACAGUCGAUGUGCCGUUGGGGAAGUUACGUUCUCUUCAAAGAUCAGCUACACAUGUUAGAAAAAUGGAAUCGCAAUGGAAAUUGGCCGAUUCGCAUAUUGCCUCGCCAUCUACGGAUGUUCAUGGUACAAAGAUACUAACAGACAAAACCGGAACAGAAACACAAAUGCGAGAUGUCACGAUGGCGAUGUCACAUCUGUCAGCUACGCGCAUCGUGCCCAAUUCAUUCUCUAGUGUUCCACCAUUGCGUGUUUUUCUUCAGAAUGUGCAGAAGUACACGAUGGUACCUAUGGUCGAAAAUGCCACGGUCAUAACCGUGUUACACCAAGCAUUAGUUCAGAAUGGCAUAUCGUCUCUCAAAAACACAUUUGAUGAAUGGGUGUUAUAUGAUGUGAUUCCAGAAUGGGGUUUAGAGCGACCGCUGCGUGAGUACGAGCGCAUUGAUGAUAUCGUUCGUGCAAGAGGGCGCGACGCCGGCUUUUUCUUAAUUAAGCUAUACAACCGACCUGAUUUACUCCGAACUGAUUCUAUUCCUCCUUUUUCCAGUGUGCUGUGUGGUCCUGUUUCGAUCCGGCUCGAACAAGGGAAAUGGUGUAAAAAUAAGCCAGAAGGUCGUAUUUGUACGAUGAUGGAGUCGGAUUUGUAUCUGGUGAAUGCUCAAAAAAUUUCUAUGCCCAAAGAGUUUGGAUUCGCUCUUCGGCAUCAAUUCUCCCGGGCCCAAGCUAUUGUAUAUAUUUGCCAAUCAGACGUAUCGGCGCACGCGGACUGGGUCAGUGCCAUUCUACGUGCCCGAUCCUAUGUGUUAAAGCAAGAGAGACCAGAUUUAUUCAUCAUGGCCAAAUCAAUCGAACGUGCCGAGGACCCAGCUGUGCAUGUCCGUCGCGGUCAGUCAUUGCGUCGGAAUGCUGAACUUCAGAGGUCAAAAUCGAUGAAAUUUGCAACCCGCCCUUCAUUGCCUUCCUCCGAAGCAUCCAAACUUGUUCCGAGCGAAAGUCUCGAGGUGCCAUUUGAGAAAGGCAGUUUGCUGGACUCGAUCGGGCGACACAAGUCUUGA